GAGUUUUCGAAAAGCGUAGAACCACAAGGAAGUCGCUGGAAACAGGGUAGAUACUUUUGACACCAGUCUAUUAAUGCGAGCAUCCACUUCAGUCUAUUAUAAGUAAAGUCAACCCGAAAAUGGCUACCUCUACCAAGAAUGAGCAAGAUAUGCCGUCAUACACGCAGCACAGCGAUAUUCGUGUGACCACGCGAAAGAAGCAGGACACUUCAGCAAGAGACAGCGCGAAUAACCACGCUAUUGUCCUUUUCGAAAACGAACGCGUUCGCGUAUCCGACUUUCCAUUGCCUGCAGGAGCGCGUGUGCGUAUAAAGCAUCCAGUACCGGCAAUCCGAUAGCAAGUGGAUGAAGGAAGACAUCGUUUGCUGGCGAGGUCGGCGAGAAUCACGGGGAAGCCUGAAGAGAUUGAACAAGAUGAAGAGACUCAAAAAGUGAUAACGUGGCCUGACGAAGCACCGUGUGAAGAUGUAAAAGAUGGACAAGUUUUUUACGUUGAGCCUGGAACCAUAUGGGAAUUAGAAAACGCUUGUUCGGAUCACAAGCACGAUGUGGACACAGGAUCUACCACGACCUACCGCCAAAUCAUAUUUGAACUCCUCGACCCCUCGACCCCGAACCGAAAUUCACUCGAAACCAAAUUGACGCUAUGUUAGGCCAAGCGACUUUUUCCACUGAUGUCGGAACGAAGUUGCUGUUUGAGAAUGAGCGUGUAAGAGUGUGGGAUUGCUACCUAGAUCCCGACGAGGGCGGUGAGGAAUCUACAAUUCACCAAUACUGUUUCGAUUACGUCUUUAUGAGUGUGGCUCAAAGUAGGCUACUUUUAAGGCUCCUAC